UCUAUUCUAGCUUUUCUGGUUGAACCCAGCCAGGCUGUGGCAGAGGAGAGCUCUGCUUCUCCUGCCGAGAGGGGAGGCAUGGGUAACGCUCAAAAGAAGCCCCACAGCAGAGGUGACGGGGGUCCACACAGUGAGUCCAGCAACUCUCACACAGGACACCGGAGGAGCAAAGGAGGCAGCUCAGACAAGUACAAAGUCCCACAGGAGUCCAAGGAAAAGGUAGCCAAUGGAACAGGCAAGAGGGGCUCGACAGCUUCAGUCCACACUGACCAGGGCAGCAGCGGGAAGGGGAGUCCAGUUGGAGGAACUGCAAGGGAAACUAUCAACCUAGAUGCCCCGUGUGGAGCCCUGCCCCCACCCCUGUCGCGGCUAAAAAACGAAGGAAAUCUGCUGUUUAAAAAUGGACAGUUUUCUGAUGCACUGGAUAAAUACUCAACAGCCAUCCAGGGUUAUUCUGAUUCAGAGAUUGACAGUCCAGAGGAUCUAUGUAUUCUGUAUUCUAACAGAGCAGCUUGUUACUUGAAAGAUGGCAACAGUCAGGAAUGCAUACAGGACUGCACAAGAGCUCUGGAGCUGAAGCCAUUCUUCCUAAAGCCUCUCCUCCGCCGGGCCAUGGCUUAUGAGUCGUUGGAGCGCUAUCGAACGGCCUAUGUGGAUUACAAGACUGUCCUGCAGAUAGACAUCAGUGUGCAGGCAGCACAUGACAGCGUCAACAGGAUCACCAGGCUACUAAUUGAUCAGGACGGUCCAGAGUGGAGGGAGAAACUUUCGGAGAUUCCCCUGGUGCCUCUGUCGGCUCAGCACCACCGCAGAGAGGAGCCACCCAGUGCUGAGGUUCUCCAGGCACGGGCAGAAAAGGCUGCCAGGGACACAGAGAGGAAAGCAGAAGUUUGUUUCACUGUGUUGAAGCAAGAAGGGAAUGAUUAUGUGAAGAAGGGCCAAUACCAGGACGCACUUGGAAAGUACAAUGAAUGCCUUAAACUUAAGCCAGAGGAGUGUGCAGUCUACACCAACAGAGCCCUAUGCUACUUGAAGGUGGAGAGGUUUACUGAAGCCAAGCAGGACUGUGACGCAGCACUGAAACUAGAGCCGACCAAUAAGAAAGCCUUCUACAGAAGAGCCCUGGCCAAUAAAGGCCUUAAGGACUACCUUGCAUGCACCUCUGACCUGCAGGAGGUGCUGCAGCAGGACCCCAACCUGCAGGAGGCUGAGAGGGAGCUGGAGGAAGUCACAGUCCUGCUCAGACAGAGUCUUGCCCUCGACUCACAAGCCAAGUCCAGAAAGACUGUCCCCAUUACAGAGGUUGAAGGUGACGAGGAGUCGACAGCCAUUCCUACCUCGGAGAGCAGCUGCAGAGGAGAAGACCUAACCAUCAACAUUCAUCCAACAAACGUCUACGAGUUCGGCCAGGCUCUGAAUGCAGCUCGCUGUAGCAGUAAUACUGCAGCCUGUGCUGACCUGCUGGCCUCCACAGUUCCGCAGAUGCUUCCACAGUACCUAAGCAGCCAGCUGGACGGACGCACCAUCACCUUCAUCGUACAGGUGCUGGACUCCCACCUCCUGGAGAAAGACCCCAAUCUGGUCUUCCAACACCUCAACCAUCUGCACACAACGGACAGGUUCUCGAUUGUGCUGAUGCUUCUGGAGAAGGAUGAACGUCUCCACAUCACCCAUCUGUUCGAGCAUCUGUCGGCCAUCGAGAGCACAGAGUUCACUAAGAACGAUGUUCAGAACUUGGCCAACAAAUAUAUCUGACCCUCCUGCCCCUGCUGCAUGAGCUGCUGCAGCACUACAACUCUAUGGUCUAUGCAAACCACUGCACAAGAACUGAGUAAACAAAGGCAGGAUGCUGUAGAAUGUUUCCCCAGAGCAAUUCCAUGGCACUGGGUCACAUUCACUCCACUGAUCUGUACUGUAAAUGAUCACCAUAUGUGUAAAUGACAGGAUAAGAAAUUGUUCUGUCUGGAAACGUUUUGCUAUACAGAUUUAUUUUGUAUCACAGGCAGACAUGAUAUUAUUGACCUUUACUUAGGGUCCAAUGUACAACUAUAUGUAACGCUACAAGCUGUAGUUUUUGCUCAGGACAAACUCAUAUUCCCAGAACUGUGCUUAGCUGUGAGCUGGUCCUUGAACCCUGUCAGUCUUCUGAUUUAUUAACUGAGCUGCUGCCACUAACCUAGAUCGGUAAGUUUCAGAAAUACCAAGCAAAUGAACAAGAGAGGUAAUUUGCUACUGAGGUGGUUAGGUAGAUGUUCUAUGCAGAAGGACAAAACCUUAAGAUAGAGAAAUCUGAAUAUGACUGUAUGUAUUGUAUGUUCCUUGAGGAAGAAAUAGUCUUGUAUUGUCAUCUUACUGCUGUUCUGUGCCGUAUGGUAACAUUAUCUCUCUGACAGGUACCUACUGACAGCGCUGUGUGAGCAAAUACAGUUCGUAACCUUACAUGACCCAGAUGCUCUGGUUUAUUCAGCUAUGCUCUGAUGAAAAAUUUCAUUUAAAAGACGACGGAGUCAUUCAUGCUGUUUGUUACCAAAUUAGCCUGUAAGGCAAUGCAUAUCUGCACACUCAUUUUUACAGCAAUUCAGCCCAGCAGAAAUGCACACAUUGGAGAAGAAGCAGCAUCUUAAUGAGAUGCGUGCCUUGUAUUUCACACUGUGGGUUGCUUAUAUUUUAGUGUGUACAAAUAUUCCCUAUGAGUAUGUCAUUCAAUAAGUUAUCAAAUGGAUUUUUAUCAGAAAUUAUUCAUAUUUACUAACAUGAAAUCAUUUGUUUACAAUGUGUCAUCUGCUCUUCUUUCUACCCAUGUUAUUGACAACUGCUCAAUAAUUGAGUCAUUUCGAAAUUGAUGACUGCUUAAGUUUUGUUUUCAAUUGUUUAUCUGCUCUACAUUAUUGUACCAAAUGUAUUUCAUGCUGAUCAGUCAGCGGGCAACAGGCAAUAAUCACACAUUCCACUUUCUCCUCAUUGUGGUUUUAAAUUAUAUUUUAGUAGUGAUGUAAGAAUGUGUACAAUAAUAACAGAGGGCUAUUCAAUAAACUGGAAACAGAUUUUCUUC